GGGUCGAGUAAUAUACGCCCCAAACAGGCCGGAUAGAUCAAAUCAUGCGGGCAAAAUAAAAAACUACCAUCACCAAUGAUGCAUAGUCUCAUGCGUGCAACUCUUUGCAACUGUUGAUCGGGUGGGGGGUGCGCUUUGCUUUCGUGCAACUCCCUCGUAGUGGAAGAAUGUUGUUUUUGAAAGGAAAUGUCAUUUCUAUGUUAUUAGUAACCACUAAAUGUCCUUAGUUCAUAAUAUCUCGCUUAGCUAAUUUGUGUGACUCGUAAUUAACUUCUGACAGGUGAGUAGUGACUAGGGCAUACGAUUUUCAACAACUUGACUUUUUGGCCCGUGGCAAUCAGUGUUAAGUUGGUUAUAUGGUAAUGUUACUAAUGUAUACUCAUGAUCUGCUCUUUCAAACCUCAUGUCACUUGUCACCUGCUAAUCUUAUCUUUCCAAAUGCCAAAGCGAUUGACCCUAGCCAAACCGACUGGUUUACCCGAAUCUCCCUCCCAUUGAAUUUUUCUCGAUGGUCUCACCAUUGAAGAAUUUCUUCUUCAUUUUUUCUUAUAGCGAGUCUUCCAACCUCUGACAACGCAGGACUCCCUUACCCCACAAUCUAGGCCACUCUCCUCUCUCUCUCAAAGCUGUCAUCCAUCACGUGAUCCCUUCCUUUCCUUCUCCGUUCUCUCUCAGACUCAGUUCUCUCACGGUCUCACCCCAUUUCCCCAUUUCCCCCCUCUACUACGAUAUUCGUCUGAAACCACGCGCCAUUGCCCCCAUUCUUCAUCUGUCAAUUGUUAUUCCAUCCUCUUGAGCUUCUUCACUGCUGCGUGUAUAUUGGCUCGAUCUGUUCCCUGCUUCCAACGCUUCUCGCCAUUUCCUCUCCCUGAUCUCCGCUUUGCCUUCUUCUGGAGGCAAUAUACGCCCAUAGGUAUACUAACCUAUUUAAUUAUUUCCUGCCCUCCCUGACGUCUGAUUGGCUUUUCCUCAACUGGGUUUGUGAGUUUCAGCCGUAAAGUUAUUGCCUUCGUGAGCUGUUGGAAGGGCUUUUGUGGGGUGUUUUCCAGUAGGAGAUCAAUAUUUGUUCUAUUAGCUGUCGGUUUCUCUGCAUUGUAUGUAACAUCAAAUACUUUUUCAUUUUGCUGUUGUUUUUUCUUCUUCCUUCUCUAAGUUCAUGUUGGUUGCCUAGAUCACUCUCUCUUGUGCAUUGUGGGCAUCUUCUGAGGUGAUCUUGGUGAUGGAGCUUGUGACAAUCGUUUCUUUCGUAGCAUUCUGUUUUCCCCUUCAAGGCUGUUUUUGGUGUUGCAUCGAGGGUUUUGGGUAUUUCAGCUUUACUGUGUUGUUGUUGCUCCAGCUUCACGACUUGUUGAGCAUGCUCACAGAUAUGUUUAUUUUCAAGCUGCAUUCUUUGUUGUGGCGUCCCUAAUCUCCCAAUGUUCAAUUUCUAGCUUUGAUUUUUUUCUGUGGCGACUUGAUUCGCUUGGCUUAGUUAGUGUUGGUGGUUGUUUUAUUUCCUUUUGAGUUUUUUUACCUCGAAAAUGUAAGAAACUUGGCCGGGAUUGUAAUCAUUUUUUCCUUCGCUGCCUUUGACAAUGUGCAGUCAAUGGGUAUCAUUUCCCGGAAGAUAAUCCCCUCUUGUGGGACGAUGUGCGUGUGUUGCCCUGCUUUGAGGUCCAGAUCUCGGCAACCUGUGAAAAGAUACAAGAAACUCCUUGCUGAUAUCUUCCCAAAGUCUCCAGAUGCACCUGCAAAUGAGAGAAAAAUUGCAAAGCUGUGUGAAUAUGCGGCCAAAAAUCCAAUUCGAAUCCCCAAGAUUGCCAAGUAUCUCGAAGAAAGAUGCUUCAAAGAACUACGGAGUGGCCAUGCAAAAUUCAUCAAUGUUGUUAUGGAGGUUUACAAUAAGUUGCUUUGCAUUUGUAAGGAGCAGAUGGCAUAUUUUGCUGUCAGUUUGCUGAAUGUGGUCAAUGAGCUGCUAGAGAGACCUAAUCAAUAUGCUAUGCUGAUUCUCGGAUGCCAGACCUUAACCAAGUUUAUCUAUAGUCAGGUGGAUGGAACUUAUGCACAUAACAUUGAAAAGUAUGCUCCCAGGAUUUGUAAACUGGCACAUAGGCACGGGGAAGAAGGUAGUCCUAGCAGCUUAAGGGCAUCAAGUCUCCAAUGCCUCUCGGCCAUGGUCUGGUUCAUGUCGGAGUUCUCGUAUAUCUUCCCUGCUCUGGAUGAGAUUGUGCAUUGCACUUUGGAUAACUACGAGCCUGACUCUCAUAUUGAACAUGAUGGUGAGAGAGGUGAAUCACAUCAUAAUUGGGUGAAUGAAGUUGUUAGAAGUGAAAGAAGUGCUGUUGUUGGUAAUGAUUCUAGCUCCACGGCCAUCAUUAGUGCUCGACCAGAAAAGAAAGAUCCUUCUCUUCUUACUAGGGAGGAGAUUGAGCAACCAAGAGUAUGGGCACAAAUUUGUGUUCAAAGAAUGGUAGAUCUAGCAAAAGAGAGCUCAACAAUGCGAUGUGUCUUAGAUCCAAUGUUUGUCUACUUUGAUUCUGGACAUCACUGGGCUCCACAGCAGGGGCUUGCUCUGGUAGUUUUGUCUGCCACGUCAUAUUUUCUGGAGAGUUCAGGACAUCAGCAGUCGGUGUUAUCUGCUGUAAUUCGCCAUUUAGACCACAAGAAUGUCGUCCAUGAUCCGCAGCUCAAAUCUAAUGUUGUACAAGUUGCGGCUGGUCUUGCUCGGCAGAUUAGAUCAGUUACAGUUCUUGCUGAAGUUGGAUUUGUCAGUGACUUGUGUAGGCAUUUAAGGAAGAGCCUUCAAGCCUCAGCAGAACCAAUCGGAGAUCAGGAAUUGAAUCUGAAUGCCUCACUGCAGAACUCCAUUGAAGAUUGCUUGCUUGAAAUUGCGAAGGGGAUUGCUGAUGCUCAACCGCUACUCGACCACAUGGCAAUGUCGCUAGAGAAACUACCGUCCUGUGGAAUUGUUGCUCGCGCAACCAUUCGAUCGCUAAUGAUUCUUGCUCAUGUGGUUUCAUUGUCUUCAAGUUCUCAGCAGGCUUUCCCAGAAUCACUUCUUGUUCAGCUUUUGAAAGCAAUGUUGCAUGCAAAUAUUGAAGUGCGGGUUGAAGCACAUCAAAUAUUCACAAUUCUUCUCAUUCGGAAUUCAAAAAGUCUUGGACGAGAAGCGUCUGCUCGACCUAGUUACAUUUGUGAACCGAAAAGCUGGCGUUCUGGCACAGCAUCUACAUUUGCUUCGAUUUCUGCACUACUUGAUAGGCUACGGAAAGAGAAGGAUGGUCCUGAAGUAAAUGGAGUGCAUGAUGACUGCAAAGAACGGGACACCUUGGAAGAAGAAUGGAAGUAUGGACGGGCUAGAAAGAAUUCACCAAACGUUUACAAGAUUAGCUCAAUCAUCGAGAGGACUACAGGGACACCGGGAUUGGCUGAGGCUGCUGAACCAUGUGUUUUGAAGCUAAAUGAGGAUCAGAUUUCACAGUUGCUUUCUGCCUUUUGGAUGCAAGCCAGCCUUCCUGACAACACACCUCCAAAUCUUGAGGCCAUAGCUCAUUCUUUCACAUUGACACUUAUUUCUUCUCAAUUGAAGAAUACAAAUGGAAAUUUUGUGGUCCGAUUCGUUCAGCUUGCUCUCUCUCUCAGACAGUUGUCCUUGGACGCUAACAAUGGGAUGUUGCAUCCAGCAUGCAGAAGAUCAGUUUUCGUCUUAGCAAUGAGCAUGCUAAUGUUCACAGCGAAGACAUACCAAGUUCCGGAGUUGAAUGACUUGCUCAAGCGAUUGGUCCCUGAUGAUGUUGAUCCUUAUUUGGGAAUUAGCAACGAUUUUCAGAUAUAUGUGAAGCCCCAGUCCGACUUGAAAGAAUUUGGGUCCUUUAAAGAUAAUUCAUUGGCUAUGUCAGUGUUAGAUGAGUUGAAGAGCAGAAUAUCUGAAUCCGAGACCGCUAUGAUGAACAUCUUAGUUCUGAACCUAUCUAUCACUACUGAGAUGGAACCGGAUGAAGUCGCCAGGCAAUUGUCAGAACCAUUUGCUCCUGAUGACAUGUUAAUGUUUGGUCCACGAUCAGUACUUGACCACCACCGAGUUGCUUCUCAUUCCAAGGAAUCACUAUCAUUCGACGAGGAUGUUCCGAGCAAUUUGAUCGAGGAUGAUGCCACGAGCGAAGCAUCAGUCUCAGACCUGUCCCGGUUCAUCCCCAAAAUCCCUUCGUCGCCUUCUGUCUCGCACAUUAUCAGCAUCGGGAAGCUACUAGAAUCAGCUCUCGAGGUAGCUGGACAAGUCGCUGGAACAUCGGUCUCCACAUCACCCCUCUCCUAUGACUCGAUGGCCAGACAGUGCGAAACUCUCGGGACAGUUAACAGAAAGAAGCUCUCGACUUGGUUGGCCCACGAGAAUCAGCUAGCUACUAAGCCAGCCGCCGACAAUUACCGCUUACCAUCCGUUACAGCGAGUGGGGCUGCAUUACCAUGGCAGAUGUCAUGUAAGAGUGAGGUUGAUGGAGGAGAGCUGAAGCAGAAGACUCCAACGGAGCAGUAUUUGCCAAUGAAGCUGCCACCUGCAAGUCCUUAUGAUAACUUCCUCAAGGCAGCUGGAUGUUAGUAGCCCAGAAAAUUGCGUGUUAGCUGUACGUAAAGUGCCUUAGUUUUAGGGAAGUAGAGCUUUUAGAUGCAGACCAGGUUAUGUUUGUAGCAAUGUAGGAUCCAGUGACGGGUUUAACCAACCCUUUCAAACUCAUGUUUGUCUAAUGUCUAUGUAAGUUAACACUAAUGGUCUUUGCAUCGUACAGACCUCGAAUAGUUAACUGAAUUCUAUCGUCAUUUCUCAAGUUAUAUAUUUUGGUAGUAGUGUGUUUCUCUUGUUAUAACCAUUGAGUUGACAUCGUCUUUGCCUCGUACACUUGCUAGUUGCUACGAAUGAAUUGUCUUCUGAAUUACCAUUACUAAUAAUUAUGAAAAUAACUCAGCUAAAAGUUGGGAACAAAGCUACCUAACCAAUAUAAUAAGGAUUAUCCUUUUAA